ACGAAGGAUCUGGGCUUCCUCCCGAUACCGAAGCGCUUGCGAUAUGAUCCUGAUAGCCCUGCACACUUUGGCUUGUUGCUUAACGCAACAUUCGGUAUUGCAAGCACAUUCACCGUGGCAAAUCUGUACUAUUGCCAGCCACUUCUCAUCCAGUUCUCCAGAUCAUGCAAUGUUUCAUAUGAUACCGUCUCAAGUAUACCCACUUUAGUACAGGCAGGUAAGGCCAGUCGCUCAAAGAGUCUAAGACUUAGGCUCACCGUUCUAUUCAGAUACGCUACGGGCAUUCUGCUAAUCUCGACACUUAGCGACCUUGUGCGACGCAGACCGCUCAUCCUUCUCCUUGUGUUCACCUCUGCCUCACUCACGAUCGGACUAGCCAUCACCACGAAUUUUGCCGUUUUCGAGGCGCUAUGUUUUCUAGUCUGCUUGGUCACCGUCGUACCACAGAUCCUUAUGCCUCUUGCCGCUGAUCUCGCACCGCCAGAAUGCAGAGCAUCUGCACUCUCCAUCAUUCUCGCAGGCCUGCUCUUCGGUGUGCUCAUUGCAAGAGUGCUCGCAGGCAUCAUCGCACAAUAUGCAACAUGGCGGGUCGUGUACUACCUCUCGAUCGGCGUGCAGUGUGCCGUGCUACUGAUGCUCUAUUUGGUGCUUCCCGAUUAUCCCGCAAAGAACAAGGGCACGACAUACUUUGGUAUCCUGUACAGCAUGGCAAAGUUCUGCGUCACAGCGCCGCUACUUAUCCAGGCUGUCCUAAUCAACCUCCCAUCAAGCGCGUGCUUCACGAACUUCUGGGUUACGCUGACCUUCCUAUUGGGGGGAUCACCAUAUCAUUAUUCUACGUUGGUAAUCGGACUCUUUGGUCUAGUCGGGAUGGUCGGGGUCGCUAUGGCUCCUAUACUCGGACGCUUUAUCGACAGCCUCGUCCCGUGGUUUGCGACCGUGAUCGCUACAUUGGCCUAUGUCCUGUGCGUCGCAGUCGAAGUCGGUGCAGAUGGCAUCAACGUCUCUGCGGUCGUCAUCGUCUGCAUCGGGAUCGACGUCUUCAGGCAGAUGGUUCAGGUCUCGCUCACUACCACCCUCUUUGGCCUCGACCCGAGCGCGCGCUCUCGGCUGAACGCUGUGAUCCUCGUGUCGUUAUUCGUAGGCCAAGUGAUGGGGACUGCAGUUGGCUCGAAAGUUUUCACCGAGUAUGGAUGGCGCCCAGCAGCAGCGCUGAACCUUGCAUGGAGCGGAUUCAUGUUGAUCAUCAUCCUGAUUCGAGGUCCGCACGUGUCGAGGUACACAUGGGUUGGCUAUAGAGGAGGAUUGGAGGUACGCAAGCGGAAGGUGGAGGGGGAUGAUAGAUCACAAUCCCACAAUGGGAUGCAAAUUGGUGACAUAGAAGGUUCAGCUAGUAAAGGAGAUGCAGAGACGAAAUCUGAGGACUAUACGCGGUCGAACAGAGACAAGAGCGAUCAAUAG